AUUUCCAAGCAGCUUUGUACCUUCUGCAUAAACUUGCUUAUUACUGCAGCAGCACAUGGAAAAACUUCAGCACCUGCCUCUCAGACCCUCACAGCCCCAGCACCGCCCCGCCGGGCGGCCCCUCCCCGACACGUAUCAGAGGGGGCGGGCUCAGAGGCCGCUCGUUGCCGGUGCUCCCGGUGCGGUGUUCGCCCGCGAUGCUCCUCCGCUGCCCGCGGGCUGCCCGCCAUGCCGGGGACCCGCGGGCCGCUCUCCAUCCUGCCCCUGGCGCUGUUGAUGCUGCUGCUAAUGGGCCGGCCGACGACCGCCGCUGCCACCCGCCCGCAGCCGGAGCGAGCGGCGCUGCCGGGGGGAGCCCCCGGCCCUUCGCCGGCCUCAGGAUCGGUGUUUAUGCUAAAGGUUCAAGUAAAUGACAUCAUCAGUCAUCAGUACCUGGCACAAGCAGUAGUGGAAGUGUUCGUUAACUACAGCAAGACAAAUUCUACUCUCACUGGAAGCAACGGCGCAGUAUUAAUAAAAGUUCCAUAUAAAUUAGGAUUAAGCUUAACUAUUGUGUCGUACAAAGAUGGCUACAUGUUAACACCUUUGCCUUGGAAGACUGGGAGAAUGCCAAUAUACUCGUCUGUGACACUCUCAUUAUUCCCACAAAGUCAAGCCAAUAUAUGGCUGUUUGAAGAUACUCUUCUAAUCACUGGAAAACUGUCUGAUGCCAAAUCUCAACCAAGUGUUCAGUUUCAGAAGUCUUUAAUAAAGCUUCCAACAGAUCACCACAUUACAAAUGUCACAGCUUAUUUGACGGUGCCAGAGCAAUUCUUGAAAGUGGACAGUUUUCUUUAUACGACAGGAAUUCUUCUAAAUAAAUCAGGUUUCAAAAGCAUUGAAUUGACUCCUCUUGCCGCAGUAUGUGUGAAUGUUCUUUUGGCUGGGAAAGAGCUGAAAGUAAAUGGCCCUAUUCAGAUUACGCUUCCUCUUCCUACAAGUACUGUAAAAUCAGGAGAUGCUAUACCUGCAUGGACAUUCGAUAUGAAAUCUGGUGCUUGGGUAAGCCGUGGCCUAGGAAUGGUAAAGGAAGCAAAUGGUCAAUUAGUGUGGACGUACACUGCUCAGCACUUAGGCUACUGGAUAGUAGCUCCGCUGCCUGGAACAAGAGAAUCGAUAAUUAGUGCAGUUUCCAAGGACAUAACAGCCUAUCACACGGUGUUCCUUACAGCCAUACUGGGAGGUACUGUUAUCAUUAUAAUUGGAUUUUUCGCUGUUCUUCUUUGUUACUGCAGGGACAAAUGUGGUCGGACACAAAAGAAGGAAAAAAAUACAACUAAGCUGGAUGUCAUAAAGAAAGACCAGACAACAUCAACAACUCAUAUAAAUCACAUCAAUACUGUCAAGGGGUCUUUGAAGUUAGAGGAUAAGUCACAGUUAUACACACCCAAGAUGUCUUCAUACAGUCCUCAGAGAAGGGUGUCCACAGACACAGAAGAUGGAAAAUCACGAGACAAUUUUAAAAUCUACUCAGAAGAUGCUUCUUAUCAGUCAUCCUAUCAGACUGGUCAGUCAAUAAAUUCACCUCAUUCAUUGGAGCCCGGUGUUGGACUCAGACACUUACAGCCACCAAAGCAUGCUAACAGUGCUGCUUCCCAGGCUCCUAGGGAGAUUCAAGAGCAAAACAGAUACCUUACACUGCAAGAGGAGAUAUAUGGGCUUUCCCAUAUCCCAGAACAUCUAAUGCAUAUUUAUAAUCAACCUAUUGCUAUUCUUCAAACGUCGGAUCUUUUCCAUUCCCCAGAACAAUUGCACGCCGCUAAAUCAGCAACUCUGCCAAGGAAAGGACAGUUAGUGUAUAGCCCUAUGAUGGAGCCUGUGAAUCGAGAUGGUUACAUACAAACGCUACCUAAAAUGCCAGUGCACUCUCAUCCGCAGCCUUCUGUCUGCAGAGAUGAAAAAAGCACAUUGGAUGGCGAACAAGGCUUGCCUUCUCAAGCAUCAAACUGGGGUCGGUACACUAACAGCUUACUGGAAUCCGUCUCUGUCCCUGGAACGUUGAAUGAGGCAGUUGUAAUGACUCCAUUUUCAUCUGAGCUUCAAGGCAUUUCAGAACAAACGUUAUUGGAACUCUCAAAAGGAAAGCCAUCUCCACAUCCUCGAGCAUGGUUUGUGUCCCUGGAUGGAAAGCCAAUAGCUCAAGUGAGGCAUUCUUUUAUAGAUAUUAAAAAGGGCAAGAAAACAGAGAGCAAUGACACCAGUCUGGACUCUGGUGUGGACAUGAAUGAGCACCAUCCUGGUAGGAAACUGGAACGAGAGAAAACCUUCAUAAAAAAUAUGCCGCAUUCAAAGAUCCUUUACUUGGAAGAUCUGGAUCUCAGUAGUAGCGAAAGCGGGACCACCGUGUGUACUCCAGAGGACCAGGCUGUGAGGCACAUUCUGGACGGAGGGAAUGGGCCAGCCAUAGAACAGCAUGACGAAGAGGGUCUAAGAAGAAAAACUGUGUCAGGAAAUCAGGAAUCCGGUAUCCCUUCCCCUAAAAAAAGGGAUAGGCCGUCUCUCACAAAAAGAGAUAGCAAAAGUAAUAUCUGGAAGAAAAGGGAGGAGAGGCCACUUAUUCCUAUAAAUUAAAACACAGUGUGCUUUGUGCUGUUGCUCUCCCUGCUGGUUGUUGACCUCUUGGCUGCUUGUGUAAUUCUGCAGUGUAGGGUUUACAAGGGAAUUAUUGUUUUCUAGUAUCAAGAAAAAUUAACGUUUUUUAAUGUACAGAUUGAGUUACGAUAACUUCAACUGGGCAAUUGAUAUUCAAUAUGAAUUGAUAACAGGAAUAUGCAAAUGUAAGUUUUCUGAUUCCUAAUUUUGCUGGCAGUGUAGUGAGAUGGUCCACAUUUUAAUCAGCCAGUCAUUUUUGUUCUUGACUCAACUGUUGAAAUGCACAGUGAGAAAUGUAGGCACAUCUUUCAUUUGUUUAAUCUUUUAUUAAUUUUUGUUAAAGUGUCGUUAUUGUGGCUCAAGCCAUCUCUCAGUCUUGGUCCUACUAAAUGUGAUUAUUUGUACAGUAUUUUAUAUGUGAGUUUUUAUAGAGGUUUGUUGCUACCACUUUGUAUAAUACCUCUUCAUUUAGUCCCGUGGCACCAGAAGAAGAGCUCUAUUGGAUUUAUCGGAAGGGUCCUGACGUGCUACUAUCCUCUCCAUGUCCAUCGGUGUGCAAGAGGUAACUGUUUUGUAUAGCAGUGGCAGCAGGGGGACCUGUGACCAUGCUUUGUGGUUACUGGAGUUCUUGAUCUCUGCUGUCUUAAGAUGUCGCCCAUUUUUUUAGUCCGCUUUUUUCUGAUCUGAGGAUGUUGAUGACUGGCAUCAGCUUGGAAGCAUCCACCUCCUGCAGAAAAGGACUGGUUCUGGUCACAUUUAAAGCUGUCGUUACUGGUAACCUCAGUGGCUUCUUCUAGGCUUUGUUACUAGUUAAAAUCCUCUUUUCUGCCUACUGUUGAAACAGUUGUGCUCCAAAACAUUGUCUUGAAUUCCUGCGGAUUUAUAAGUUUGACUUUGGCCUGUGAUGAAGAAGUAUGCAAGUAUAGACGAGUUACGUUGUAGUAUGUAAUAGUGCCCUUUGAUGGGAAAGUUGUUGCUUUUUAUUUUAUGAUUUGGAGGUUUAUGUGCCUACAUUUUACUAACCCAAGCUACUUUUAUUCCAGAUCGUGGAUCGCAGCGGGGUUAAGCAGGCUUUAAAAAUUGGGGUUUUUUAUAAGCAUGAGAGCAGAUUGCAAAAUUUGGUCUGUAAUGCAAUAUAAAUACUACUUAUGACUCAACUCAGAGUUAAACUUAACCAAAAGUCAUGGAUGCAUGAAAUGUAACUAAGAUAUGUAUAGAGGAAGGGAAAGGCCAUGAAAAUGUUCUUUAUUUUUAACGUUAAUCUUGUUAAAGUGAUAGUUUUAACUUUGGCUAACAGAAAAAUAUGCGUACCCCUUGAAUGUGCUUUGUACCGUAUAUAGAAUGUCUUGCUGUGGCUUUGAAGAUGCUUCCCCGAUUAAAUAAGUUCCAGUAUCUUGGCCUUGGCAGUUUGAUUACAAGUCAACCUAAAGAAAUGCUAUAAAUAUGUCCCCUAGUUUGUAAUAGUUGGGGUUCAACACUGAGGCCCAAGAAUGAAAUGCACACAUGUAAACUGUGUGAUACACUUAGUUGUCUGUCUUGUUCUGCCAUCCUGCUGCAUUUUUGCCACUGUUUUUGCAGAAGCACACCUUCCUGCCUUCAGGAAUUCUUUAUUUUGAGGAAUUGGGGGCAGGGGGGAGAAAAGUACGGUGGUAGUGUUCAUUAAUGUCUGUCCCACGUGUGCACACAGAGCUGGGAAGUACUUUACAUGACGGCCUUCUGGGAGCGUUCACUCAGGAAAUGGUUCUGUCAAGUGUGUCUGUUCUGUUGGGAUUGUCAGGUGUCUGACAUAUUCUUGGGCAAUUACCUAAUAUUCUAGGAGAAUACGUGGCAUAAUUGGGAUGUUACUAGCAGUCCAUUAGUCCAAGUUUUUCUUAUGUCUCUAAUUGUCUUUCGCUGAAAGACUCUGAUUUAAUUAUGCAGAUGAUUUGUUUUAGAGGUUAAGAUGGCUUUCUGUGUUAGCAUUGCUUUUGUACUUUUUCUUUGUGACUAAUUUAACUUAUGUGUAUGAAAUACAGUACCUAUUUUCCUGUAUUCACUCCAUAGCCCAAAGUGGUGGUUUUCAUCGUUUCCUUUACUGCUUACCCAUUAUAUAUUUUGAAGUGUAUAUUCAUAUGAACACAGAAUUCAUUUGAAAGUUACUUUUAUUUAUAAGGUUCAGUAUUGCCCUGCUUAGAGUUGCGUCGGUUGCGAUGCAUCCCUUUUUGAAAAGAGAUUUUUAUAUAUUUUGUUGAAAAUAACAGUAAAUCCCUGACAGUGGAUUCAUCUAAAUCUAGUUGUGUUUUUCUGCAGUCCUUUAAAUAUACAGCAGACUGUUUAUCUUGUUUAAAGCAUGUUUUAAUUUGUAGGUACUGAGGUGGUUGAUGGAGUUAGCUGAGUCUUUGCUUCUGCACAUGAGUCUGUGUGGCUCAGAUCGGUUCUUAGAUGCACUAUAAACAUUUUCAGGAUCUAAAGGGGGGCUAUAAGAAGGGAAUGGAUUCUUUAGCAGGGUCUGUUGUGACAGGACAAGGGGAAAUCAUUUCAAAGUAAAAGAGGAAAGACUGGGUGUAGGGAAGAAGUAUUUUACAGUUGGAGUGGUGAGGUGCUGGAGGUUGUCCAGAGAUGCAGUGGAUGACCUCGAGGUCAGGCUGGAUGGGGCUCUGAGCGCCUGAUGGAGCUGUAGAUAUCCCUGUGCAUUGCAGGGGAGUUGGACUAGAUGAUCUUUAGGGGUCCCUUCAAAUUCAAAUGAUCUUAUGAUAAUAUAAAUGAUCAGAUUAAAUAAUACUUAGCUGUAUGUACCUUAAUAUGUGUAUGUUAACCAGAAUACAAAUGAGGUAAUAAAAAGUAAUUUUUUGGUGGUUACAAAAAGCCAGGUACUACAGAAAUUUAAAAAAAGAAAGUUACCUGACAAUUAUAUUGAAUUAGCAAGAAAAAUGUUUCUAAUACUCUCAGAAUUAGGAGAAGUUGGCUAUCUUAUAAACCAGAAUGCGCAGCUGAUUUGAUAAUUAGGGACGUUAUUUACCACUGCAGAGCUGGAGAUGAUGCACAAGAGAUAAUCCUGAAUGCAGGAUUGCACAUUUGUUAGUUCUCUGCUAUUUCUGUGCAGUCAGUUGUACCAAAGAGGUUGAGAUGAUUGGACGGCACUUCAAAUUCUUCUUGUCAGUUAAAAUAAGAUGCAGAUGAACAAUGUUACUGUUGUAAUGGGGUACAAAUGAAAAUGCAGUGCGCUACAACCGUUGUCCACUACUGCACGUGAAACAUGGCAUACUAGGAAUACCCCAAGACCUGAAUUAGCCUGCUGAAGUGCCUUUCUCUUUCAUUGGACUUAUUUUAUGAGUGGGACUCCUGACUAACUGAGAAGCACAGGUAUGUGGGUUGUUUUUUUUUCUGUUAGCCAAAAACCCCAAUUCUAACUUUGAAUUGUGUUGCUUUUAUGUUUUCAGAGGCAGAUGUAGUGUUUUUAUGUUGGAAUACUGACUUCUGCAUGUUGAUAAUGAUGACUGUUGUACACCCUGUCUUUUUUGUAUUUUAUGUUUGAAAAAUUAAAGGAGUAUAUCUUUAGCAAUCUGAAUAGUAGUAUCUUUUACAAGGCAUGUACGUAAUCCAUUUCACUUUAUUAAGUCAGAAUGAAGCAUCUGGGAAGUCAGUGGGCUUACGGGUCUGAAAAUGGGAUUUUAACUUCUGGACUGAAAUCAUUUUGUUUUUAACACAAAUUGUGAUGAUCAUAAAAAGCCAUUGACAGUUGCUAAUCCUUAUUGACAGCAGAAGGUGUAUUGAGCAUUUCUUGUGCUAUAAAACCUGUUUGUUUCUCAUUUUGAGGCCUAACUUGCAUUGUUUACAGUUCUAACAGGAUGGGUAUGUUUCUGUGAAAGAACUCAUACUAGAAAUGGGUUAAGAGAUUUUAAUCCAAACUUCAUUUUCUUUUAAAAGCAGUAUUCAGUGUGUUCUGCUGAUUAAAAGACAAAAAUUACUUAAGAUAGUUUUCUAGACUGGCAGAAGAAAUCUGUUCAAGUCUUUGCUAUUGACAUUCAGCCUGAUGAUUAUCUUACAGAAUGGAACUUUUUCUAGACAACAUACAAUUAGUCAACAUUUCUAUAUUUGCAUCUGUUCAAAAACUGUAGUGCUACAUUUUUCCUCAGUUCAUUUUUUCAGUUCCUUUGAAGAACCUGCUGCACUUCAGUCCAUGUUAGAACAGUACUAACAGUUUGCAACAUCUUGCUACUGUGUGUGAUGGCACUGUUCAGUGCACACUUGAUGCACAGAAGCCACAGAAUGGUGUUGAAGUACCAAGACAUAGGCAAGCUGAUAGUUGUUGUCAUCACCUUGCAUGUUGGAGAUUUACACUCAGCAGGCACUUCAUUACCUUGGCAAUCAUUGUCAGAAACGUUCAAGAACAGAUGAGAUGUUCAUUUACAACAUUUCUUAUGUUCAGCAUCCAGGUUUUAAGUGUUUUUACCUUUCUGUAUUUUAACAGAGGUGACUUUUAAUCUCUCUUUAUUACAGCAUCGGUGAAUUGUUGUUCCAAAUGUAACUAAGACUUGUAAAAUGUUAGAGCUUAUGCAAUAUAAUAAAAGAGUUAAAAGUCGCCGGUG